AUUAUAUAUAUAUAUAUAUAUAUGUGUCAAAAGCUGGUGAAAACGCUUUAGACUCUUCGACACAAGGCGGGAACUCGACACAGCUCAGUUGCAAUAUGUAUAUCGAAGAGACAUUUAUCGAACGCUAGCGAAGUAGCAUGCUGCUCAGGAAUUUAUGAAAUCGUCAUUUUGUCAAUGAAUCAUUGUCCAAAGUGCAACAUAUUCAGUAAGUCUAACACGUGACGAAGAAAAACCGUUGUAUUUGGAUAAAGACCCGAGAAACCCUGGAAGCUCUAACCUAAAACGCUGAUCUCUUAAUCCAGGGAGGUUAAUCUGCAUUUGCAACUUUUAAAUCCAUUUUAAUUUAAAUCCGUACAAAGACUUUAUUAAAGAGCAAUAACAAGAAAAUGGCGAGUGGUGAAGUUUUUCUUGUUUUAUUGCUAGCAUUAUUCUACGUAUCUCAAGGAUAUUUAUUUGAAACAAAUCCGAAGGAUGUUCAAACGAUGUAUGUUUCUGACAAUGAUUUUCGUGUGACUUGUUCUUUUAAUUACGAUAUUUCUGACAAAGUCAGAGGCCAGGUUUUAGAAAAUAUAAGAGCGGUAGUGGAAGUGUCUCCGGAGUACAUUAAAAGUUCCAAUUCAUCAUGGACACUGUAUUCCUGGUGUCCAAAUUUAAGUUCUGCAAGUUUCAAACUGCCUCACAUUACAAGGGUGAAACAGAAUGGAAACACGACUGAAUAUUAUCUCGAUUUUUCUCUACAAGACGGUCGUGUCUUGGAAUGUGUGAAAAAAGGUGCUUGGAAUCUAACUGUUUCUCUGUUUGACGAAAACAUAAAACUAAAAACAGUUAAUAGAAAGGAUCCUUUUUCGUUCCAGAAACUUGAGGCUAAUUUUAAAGCGGUUGACUGCGACUUUAACACAAGUUCCUGUCUUUCAUGGACGACGAAUGGAUCCAUGGUACACUCCGAUUCCUGUCGACUCCCAUGGUGUAAAUACAUACCCAAACCAAAAAAUACCCUUUCCUAUGUAGCAGCAACAGAGGAAGAGAGAACUCACUGGAGGUCCCGUGACAUAUAUGGAAGCGGAACCAACUGUUCUCUAAACAUUCUGAUGACGGCCUACUCUGCUACUUAUGUCACAGUUUCCCUCAAUUCGUCGAGGGGGUCAACACCCUUAAUGCGAAAGAAGUUCGAUUCUGAAAAAAUGAAUUGGACUGUUGUAAGAAUUCCCAUCGGAAGGGUGGACGAACUGUUUCAACUUACUGUCUGUAUCCACGCAAUAUAUAUAGCGGCAGUCCAAAGGAUGUGGCUGGGAAAUUGCAUGGAAAUUACAGAAGUCGCCCAGUGCAGUGAUAAAGAAUUCCAGUGUUCUACUGGUAAAUGUAUUCCUAAGGACAGAGUGUGCGACUUAAACCCAGAUUGUCCCCUACAAGAUGACGAAGAAAGAGAUUUCUGCGAUAAAAACAGUUAUAGAGCAUUUUGUGAUGUGGACAGUGAUAGAUGUAACUGGACCCAGAGUCCUCAGUGUCCAUUUCAGAGAAAGACUACCAAUGAAUACAACAUCGUCAAAUACCACAAGUAUUGUCAUUAUGGUCAGACAGACUUCGUCAUUUUUGCUGAUAAAUGUAAAAACAAGGAGUCCUCCAAGCUUAUAAGUCCAGUAAUGCAGCCAUUCAAUGCUUCUAAGGACUGUAGGGUGCGGUUUUGGUAUAUAGCAGACAAUUUUGAUAAAAUAAGUGUCUCCACCUGUUUUAACGAAUCCAGUUGUGAGCUUGUAAAAACUUUCGUUCGUAUUACCGCCGAGUUGGAAUGGCAGAGGGCAUCUGUUAGUAUACCGCAUCGAUAUCAACCAUUCCAAGUCGUAUUACACGGAUCACUUGCUUCUAUCGGGGGUAUUGUGGCCCUAGACCAGAUAAGUUUUACACCUGACUGCUUUACAAAAUCUGAUGAAUGGAUGGAACCACACAUGGAGGAGGUGUCUACGCAAGUGGAGUUAGACGACGGUUCUAGUUAUAUCCUCACUAUUCUCGGGAUUGGGGCUGGUAUUGUCGUUGCUAUGGUUACUGCUGUGGUCAUUUUCUCAGUUUUCAAAAAGAGGCAAAAUCUCAAGGAUGAAAGUCUUCGGAAUAUACUUCCGGUAUCUACAUCUACAACUUCCUCCGGAAUAGAUGGGAAGUGUUCGAUUCCAGUUGACAUUUCUGACGCCUCUUCCGCUGACAGCGAACGCCAGUCUCUUGUUCCCAGUAACUUGGCAGUGUCUAACAUCUCACCGUACUAUGAGUGGACCGAAGAUAAGAUUAGAGAUAUACCCAGAAAGAAAAUCAAACUUGUUCGACUUCUCGGUAAGGGUGCGUUUGGUGAGGUAUAUUAUGGACUACUUGCGGAUGUGUCGCGUCUUCGAACGGACUUACCAAUAGCCGUCAAGAAAUUGCCAACAUUAUGUGCCGAACAAACUAAAGCAGAGUUAUUUUUUGAGGCUGUAACACUAAGCAAGUUUAACCACCCAAACAUCGUUCGCUUUCUUGGAAUAUCUACCGAUGAUCAGGAUCGUUCUAUGUAUCUCUUGCUUGAACUGAUGGAGGGUGGAGAGCUGAGGACCUUCAUCAGAGAAUCACGACCAAAACAGCCUCAUGAACCAUCAUACCUUACUUUACAUGAUCUGCUGAAGUUAGGAAUAGAUGUUGCCCGAGGAUGUCACUACUUAGAACAAAACAAAUUCAUCCACCGGGAUAUUGCUGCAAGAAACUGUCUUUUGACUGAGAAAGGUCCAAACCGAGUGGCCAAGAUAGGUGAUUUUGGGAUGGCGAGGGAUGUGCUCAGAACUAACUACUACAGAAAAAAUGGCAGGGCAAUGGUCCCCGUGAAGUGGAUGCCACCGGAGAGCUUUCUUGAUGGGAUAUUCACAUCUAAAACUGAUGUCUGGGCAUUUGGGGUAGUUCUAUGGGAGCUGUUUUCAAUGGGACACGUGCCAUACCCCGGCAAAUCUAACGGUGAAGUGAUGAAAUAUGUCAAGGGAGGUGGAAGACUAGAGAAACCUCCUUUAUGUCCAUAUCAAAUUUAUGGCUUGAUGUUACGAUGCUGGCAAGUUGAUGCGGACGUCCGUCCUAAUUUUACUGGUGUUGUGGAAGAACUUAAUAGAAUUAAUAAUGAAGAAGAGAUUUCUUCAUUGAUAACUUAUGAAGACGUUAUGGGCAUACAGUCCAGCACGUGUGACCAAGAUCACGUGACUUCCGGAAGUGUGACUUACGCUGAGGACAUAAAACAUAGCAUGGCUGAAACAAAGCUGUUCUCUGAAAAUGACAGUCAUUAGCCCAAAAGAUACGAUCGUCCUCAUUAGCUUUAAAUUUAUUCCAUCAAACUGAAUGCAUAAUUAUUAAUUAUCAUGCACUUUAUCACAAUCUUCACCGGGCAGCUUUCAUAUCAGAAUCAACAUGUCAAUUUGAACUGUUCUUGUGAUAUUUAUGAAUUGUUAUGUUGUGAAAUAUCAACAUGCAAGUGUAUCCUUUUAAGAAGUAAGUUGGCGUUGUACAGGGAGAGAGAGAGAGAGAGAGAGAGUACUGCUUUUAACACCUACAUGGUAUCUGUGAUAAACUAUUGAUGUAACAGGGCAAAGUAUAUGUGACACACUUUCUGCGUUUUCAUUUAACUAGAAGCGAUUCUUUUUCGUUUAACCUGCCAUUUAUAUUGUAGUUGCUUAAACAAGCAUUGUAAUUUGGUAGAUUCAGUAUUUAUGAGAAACAAGCCAUAGGAGAAAACUCAUGGAACUCAAUCCCAAAUUUUGUGACUCUGCUUUAAUUUGUCAAUGAACUGUAAAUUAAAUUUCUAAUUAUACAA